CAACUCCGCACGAGCAUUACUGGCGCUGCCAUUGCAAAGACAUUCGCGUCUCUUCUCCGCCAUGGAAGCUCUAAGUUCCUCCGCCGCAAUCUCCUCCUCUCUCUCCUCCUUUUCUCCAAAACGAAAGGAACUGAAUACUCCUCCCAUACUCCUCCGAUUCCACGUUUCUUCAAAAAAGGAUAAGAAAGAUUCGGAUCUCCAAUCCAGCUCUCACGAUUCCAGCAUCGUCCCUCUCUUCAACAACCACUCUUUCUCCAAGGAUGCGGCGAUGGGAUUGGUAUUGAGUGCGGCAUCGGUGAGAGGAUGGACUACAGGGUCAGGCAUGGAAGGACCUUCAGUGACAGCUGUGUCUGAGGACGGAUUCAAUACGGAGAAAGUCUCGACUCUCCCGUGGUCUCUCUUCACGAAAUCUCCACGUAGGCGAAUGCGCGUGGCCUUCACUUGUAAUGUUUGUGGUCAAAGAACUACGCGCGCUAUCAAUCCCCAUGCUUACACUGAUGGCACUGUCUUCGUUCAGUGUUGCGGUUGCAAUGUGUUUCAUAAGCUAGUGGAUAAUUUGAACUUGUUUCAUGAGAUGAAAUGCUAUGUGAACCCGGGCUUUAAUUAUCGAGACGCUAAAUGGGAUGGUGGAUUCAAGUUGUUUGAUGUGGAUGAUGGUGGUAGCAAUGUGUUUCCGAUCUAAAGAGGUGAAAAUUAUUGAUCUUAUGAUGUACAUUCUGUUUAUUAUACUGGGAACUUGUGUAUAUUGGGGUUGUACAUGGGGGUCUUUCAUGUUGUUAUUAGUUCUAGUUGGAAUGUUAGUGUCAUUAAUAACAAGUGAGGUUUCAUUUUGAGCUGAACAUAAAGUUAAUAAUGUUGGAAUGAAUAUUUAUGAUGAAAAAACUUUAUCUGGAAUUGCG